CUCGUCCCAUUCCAGACGGAACCCGAUACAAUGGGACUCUACCGUGUGUAUCCAACACGUCCCACUCUAGCUCCUGAGGGUAAUUUGACCUUGGAGAGAGUGACAGAUGCUCCGACUCUGGCCAGUGACGAGGGGGUGGCUGGUAGAGUCCACUCUGGUCUCUCAACACCUGAGAUCACUGCCGAUCAGUUAUUUGACGCGUUCACAAACCACACCUCCGGUGUUUUGAUGGCUUGGCACUAUACUGGGACCAAUAGCAACUCAGGGGCUAACGUCAAUCGCCUUGCGGAAUAUCUUAGUUCGGACCCCCUUUGCUGCCUCGCAGACCUAAGUGGAUUUAAUUUCACGCGCAAAUGA